AUGGAGGAGAAGAGGGAGAGGGCACAAUCCACCCUGGCGGCGGCGUCGGUGGCGGCGGCCGCGAUCUCAUUGGUGCUCGGCGACGACAACCUCCUCGGCGAGAUCCUCCUCCGCCUAGGGUUCCCCACCGACCUCGUGCGCGCCGCCGCCGUCUGUAGGCGUUGGCUGCGCGCCUCGUCCGACCCCGUCCUCCUCCGCCGCUUCCGCGACCUCCACCCGCCGCGCCUCCUCGGAUUCUACAUCGUCACCUUUCCGACCCUCCAACGGAGGUUUCGCACUGACUUUGUGCCGAUGCAGCCUCAGCCCCCAGAGCUCGCCGCCGUCCUCCGCCGGGGGCGCUUCAGCUUGGACACCUACGACAGCCAAUCCACGCGCGUCCUGGACUGCCGGAACGGCAGAGUCAUCGUCAGCUUAUUCUGCGGCGGCGACUUCAAACGCGGAGUGCACAGCCCGCUCCAUCCUGCGAGAGACUUGGUUAUCUUCCCGCAGCUCCCAAUGAUGGAUGUCCCUGACACUGACAAUUACAGCAAACACCGUAUUUUCUGUGAGAUCCUCUCUAAAGAAAGUGUCGAUGGGCAUGGGCUGUCCUACUUCUCGGUCUCAUUGGAUUAUUGCGUCAAGGAAGAGAAAGCUACAGCAUGUGUAUAUAGGCUGCAAGAUAAUGCCUGGAGAAUGCAAACUUCAGCUACAACACAGAUUUCCGGAUUGCGUGCGUCGUCGUUGAAGCAAUUGAGUAUUUUCCUUGCUGAAGAUAAAAUCUACAUGGGGAUUACUACGCACAGCAUUCUUGUUUUGGAUUUGACAUCCUCAACCUUCUCCACAAUCAAGUUCCCUGACAAGAUGCCGUUUGAUGGACAAAUCAUAUUGUCUCGGGCCAAUGGCUGUGGGGUUUAUCUUAGCCAUGUCAAGGACCUCCAACUUUGCAUCUGGCUGCACAGGGAUUGCAAUGGCAGCAUAGGAGACUGGUUGCUGGUUGAUACCAUUUCUUUGCAUGAUUUGUGUGCUAAUCUGAAAAUAUCGAAUAGCACCACUGAGGAUUGGGAUGACCUUGAUGAUGCUUACAUACAUAUGGUGGGGGAUGAUGCAGAAUAUGUAUUCCUGGAGAUGUAUGGAUGUGUUCUCUAUUUGGAUGUUAGGAGCAGGGCACUGCAAAAGGUGCACAACGUGACAGAAAAGGAUACGUUGAUUUCUUUUAUUCAUCCCUUUAUGAUGACCUGGCCUCCUGUAUUUCCUGCACUGCCAGAAUGA